ACUACAUCAGAGGUCUACCUAAAGUACCAAAGAAAGACUUAAACACUAUUUUCUUUGAAGCCAGAUCAGAAGCACAUCUGUUCCUAAGAAAUUACCUUGAAGCAAAAAUCUGUCCCACCUGUUCAAACAUGAUUAGAUCCCACUUGUUAAGCAACAGACUGACCUUACAUAUGUGAGGUCUGUAUAAAAACCAUACAUUUCUCUCAAGUUGUCUUGUAAUUUCACUCAAUAACACCAUGAGGAGAGCUGCUUUAUUUCUUCUGCUGACGGCUCUCUUGGCCAAAGGACAAGAGCUGCACUGGGAAAACGGCUAUGACCAGCCUCUAAAUUUUAACUGCCCGGCAGGACAGUCGAUAUCCUACAUAAAGAGCCAACAUGAUAAUCAUCAUGAGGACCGGAUGUGGGAGUUCGGCUGUAAAGACACCUUUGAUUCUGGUGCAGACUGUUUCUGGUCACCUGACGUCAAUGAUUUUGACCAAACGCUCAGCUAUGAGUGUCCACCGCACCACAUCAUCGCAGGAAUGAGCAGCUACCACAACAACAAGCACGAGGACAGACGCUGGAAGUUUUACUGCUGUAGAAGUAACGGCCACUGUACUACGAGCUGUGAGUGGACUACCUAUGUGAACUGGUUUGAUGAGCUCUUCCACUGGACCGUACCAAACCAAAACUACCUGGUUGGUGCUGAAAGCUACCAUGAAAACAAACAUGAAGACCGUCGCUGGAAGUACGAGUAUUGUAGUAAAGUACAAUGCUAAGACUCUCAAAUGCAAAAACUCUCAAAUCUGAAAUAAACACAAGAUGGAAAUCACUGAUCCAAGAAUUUUUAAUAAAGUCUUAGGUCUGAGACUGAAAAUGCAUUUCAUGUCAUGUCUGAAAAUGUAUAGUGUCAUAAAGUAAACUGAAGCAGU